AACGCAGCAAUGCAUCAUGGGAUACAUAAUGUCUCCGAAGGAUGCUAACUAUUGCUAAUUUACCAGGGAAAACAACGAGUAUAUUUUACGUUUUACUAUCUGUUCUUCCUUAUUUGUUUCGUUUUUUAUAUAUAUAUCAGAUAUAUGUUUUUAUUAACAUCAAUAGAAUCUAAACAUGUCAACGAGAACCGAAUGCAGGGUGUCCAGUUCCACGUCCAGUUCCACGUCCAGAACGGACGAAAGGAGGAGAUCAAGCAGCAGAGGACGUGAAAAACGGAAAAGGAAACAAAGUCGAAGUAGAUCUUCCUCUUCGUCUUCAUCCAGUUCAUCCUCUUCUUCAUCCUCGUCUUCGUCGUCCUCUUGUAGCUCAUCACACUCGUCCAGCAGCUCUCGGAGUAGCUCCAGUAGCAGCGAUUCACACAGUAAAUCCAGAAAGCAGUCCAAAAAAAGAAAGGAGAAGAAGCACAAAAAGAAGGGAAAGAAGCAAAAGACUCCUAAGCAUAAAAAAGAUAAGCGAGCUAAAGGAGAAGAAAAGUCUGGACCUGUUCAGAUCUCAAAGUACUUAAAGGACAGAGAUAAGGGCAAGUACAGUAUGAUUUCAGGAAAGAAGAUUAAAAUGAAACUAAAGAAGUCCAAAAAAGAUAAGCAGCGGGAUAAAAAUCGAGCAGAACUUUUGGAAUUUUUGAACUCGACCCUCUGAGGCCACUGCAAACUCAGCAAACCCCCUCUUUUUUGUUGUUGAAGACACUUUUAUGAAAGGAAAAUAUUAAAGGCAGGUUUUCUGCCCCAGAAGACGGAAACUAAAACUAAUUUAACCCAUAGAGCUGAAUUUCAGCUCCCUGUUCAGACUUGAUGUUGGACAUGUCACCUUUUUACAUAAUGUUUAAGUUCUUCAACGGUCAUUGUAAAAUAAAUUGUAAAAAUCGAUUUGUACAUAUCUAAAUGUGAGAUUAAGAUGAAAGAAGUGUACAAUUCAGAAGAAUCUGUUGAUGUCAGAUUUUCUGAUUAAAAGAAAUCCAGUGCA